AUGAGUAAUAUGUUUAAGUUAAAAUUAACCGCAUUAGGACAUCCAAAUCCUGAAGGCUUUAAUUGCGAAGAUGAAAAAGAAUACAGAAGUGUUGUGCUCUGGCUGGAAGACCAGAAGAUUAGACAUUACAAAAUUGAAGAGAGGGAAGGUCUACGAAACAUAGACAGCGAUACCUGGAAGGAAGCAUAUAAUACAUAUCAGAAAGAUCUAGUCAGUCCUGUUAAUGAUGGGACUAUGAAUGAACAACUUAAUUGGUUGCUCUCUUAUGCUGUGAGAUUAGAAUAUGCAGAUAAUGUAACUAAAUACAAAGAUGUGAAAGCAGAACAGCCCAAACAAGCAGCUCCCAAUGUUGUAUCAUCUAAUCCUUUAGACAAUUUAGACUUUGAUAGUCCUGCAUUUAAAGCUGGCGUUGAAAGAAUCUGCACUCUCACUGGGGUCGGGCCUCAUCCAGAUCCUAAAUUUCGUUUAGCUGCAGUUGCAAAGAUACUCAAGACGUCACCUCAUCCAAGCCCCCAAACAACUGACACUUUUAAUAUCAAUCAACCAGUGGAUGUUCUAAAUCUACUCUUUAUUCAAGAUUUAAGGGAAUUACAAACAAAAAUUAAUGAAGCACUGGUUGCCGUUCAAAUGAUCACAGCUGAUCCACGCACUGACACUAAACUAGGAAAAGUUGGAAGAUAA